AUGGAGAGUUCUGAUUCCGUUAGAGUAGCCGUCAACAUUCGGCCUCUUAUUACUACAGAGCUUGUCAAUGGAUGUACGGAUUGCAUCACUGUCGUUCCUGGCGAACCUCAGGUUCAAAUUGGGUCUCAUUCCUUUACAUAUGAUUACGUUUACGGGGGAGGGGGACCGCCGCCUUCUUCUAUUUAUGAUGAUUGUGUUGAUCCUCUGGUUGAUGCAGUUUUUCGUGGUUAUAAUGCCACUGUACUUGCGUAUGGCCAGACGGGUUCUGGUAAAACAUAUACUAUGGGAACCAAUUACAACGACGAGGAAAGUAAUGGUGGGAUUAUACCCAAAGUUAUGGAAACUAUAUUUAGAAGAGUUGGGGAAGUGAAAAACUCCACGGAGUUUUUGAUAAGAGUAUCAUUUAUUGAGAUAUUUAAGGAAGAGGUAUUUGAUUUACUUGACUCAAAGUCUACAACUCUUGGAAGACCUCCUAUACAAAUUAGGGAAACAGGGAGUGGGGGAAUAACACUUUCUGGGGUGACUGAGGCAGAAGUUCGGACGAAAGAAGAGAUGGCAUCAAAUUUGGCACGAGGUUCUUUGUCUCGAGCUACAGGAAGUACCAAUAUGAAUAGCCAAUCAAGUCGUUCACAUGCCAUCUUUACAAUAAGCAUAGAGCAAAAUAAGACUGGUAGCUGCUUAAGUGCGGUAAAUAAUGAUAUCUGUGAUGAUAUCUUAAGUGCAAAGCUUCAUUUAGUGGACCUUGCUGGCUCAGAACGUGCAAAAAGGACGGGUGCUAAUGGCACACGGUUAAAAGAAGGAAUUAAUAUCAAUAAAGGUUUACUAGCUCUAGGGAAUGUGAUUAGUGCCUUGGGAGAUGAGAGGAAGAGAAAAGAAGGGGGGCAUGUACCAUAUCGUGAUAGCAAGUUGGCUCGCUUGUUACAGGAUUCUCUUGGAGGAAACAACAAAACCGUGAUGAUUGCUUGUGUUAGUCCGGCCGACACCAAUGCUGAAGAAACUCUAAACACCUUGAAGUAUGCCAAUCGUGCUCGAAACAUUCAGAAUAAGGCAGUUAUAAACCGUGAUCCAAUGGCAGCUCAGUUGCAGACAAUGCGGAGCCAAAUUGAGCACUUGCAAGCUGAGCUUUUGUUUUAUCGUGGUGAUGGCAAUGGAUCAUUUGAUGAACUUCAGAUUCUCAAGCAUAAGGUAUCUUUACUUGAAGCAAGCAACGGAGAGCUACGACAAGAGCUUCAAGAACGUAGACUCGCUAGUGAACAAUUAGCUCAACGUGCACUUGAAGCUCAGGCUGAGAAGGAGAAACUGGUAAUGCAAAUAGAAGCAAUUCGUAAUGGUAAAUCAUGGGAUGAAAUAGAGUCUAACCAAAAUCAGGAUUUUGAUUUGAUGAAAACUUAUCUGUUGAAAAUUCAAGAGCUGGAAGGAGAAUUGAUACGCCUGAAAAGCUUAAACAGUUCAAAGUGUAGACGAAUUUCUGAUAGUGUAGUUGAAGAUGAAGAUGGAACCUCAAAAAAUUCACUAUUUUCUUCCGGAAAUGAUUAUUUAUCUUCAGAUGACAUUGAGGAUAACGAAAAGGAGGUAAAACAUUCUACUCUCCAAGAAAAAUUGGACAGGGAGCUUAUGGAGUUGGACAAAAGACUUGAACAGAAAGAGGCUGAAAUGAAACGUUUUGCAAGUUCUGGCACCUCAGUUCUUAAACAACUUUAUGAGAAGAAAGUUAAUGAGUUGGAACAUGAGAAAAGGACUUUGCAGAAAGAAAUUGAGGAGCUAAGACAUAAUCUAGGCAAUAUUUCUUCUCCCUCUGAUGUUGUUGCCCAAAAGUUAGAGGAGGAAUACCUGCACAAAUUGAACGUCCUUGAGUCACAAGUUGCAGAGUUGAAGAAGAAGCAGGAUGUUCAUGCUCAGCUUUUGAGACAGAAACAAAAAAGUGAUGAAGCAGCAAAGAGACUUCAGGAUGAGAUUCAAAGAAUCAGAUCUCAGAAGGUUCAACUGCAACAAAAGAUCAAGCAAGAAGCUGAACAGUUUAAGCUAUGGAAAGCAUCACGAGAGAAAGAGGUCCAGCAGCUUAAGAAAGAGGGAAGAAGAAAUGAGUAUGAGAUGCACAAGCUCUUAGCUCUGAAUCAGAGGCAAAAGAUGGUUUUGCAAAGAAAGACUGAAGAGUCUGCUAUGGCUACAAAAAGGCUAAAGGAGCUUCUAGAAUCUCGAAAGGCUUCCUCACGUGAAGCUCCUAGCGCUGGAAAUGGAAGUGGUCCUGGAGUUCAGGCAAUAAUGCAAACAGUUGAGCAUGAACUUGAAGUCACAGUACGGGUGCAUGAUGUACGCUCUCAAUAUGAACGACAGAUGGCAGAGAGAGCGAAGAUGGCCAAGGAAGUUUCAGGAUUGAAGGAAAAAGCUGAGAUACUUAAGCACAGUGAAUUAAGAGGUUUUCAUGAGACUAUGUCAGCUGGUGCAAGAUACUCAAGGAUUUUCGCUCUAGAGAACAUGCUUGCUGCUACUUCUACCUCUCUGGUCGAUAUGGCCUCACAACUGUCUGAAGCUGAAGAACGUGAACGUACUUUUAAUGGAAGAGGACGUUGGAACCAUGUUUGGAACCUCUCCGAAGCAAAAAGUAUUAUGAAUUAUCUGUUCAAUUUAGCAUCGUCCUCAAGGUGCUCAUUGCGAGAUAAAGAAGUUAGUUGUCGAGAAAAAGAUGCAGAAAUAAAAUAUCUGAAGGAAAAGGUGGUGAUACUUGGUGGCCUGACCGGACAACUCGCUGCAGAAAAGGCUGAUCUCGCUCGAGAAAUGAAAAUGAAGGAACAGCGGAACUCCAUGGAUGACAUGUAUACAUCUCAGUUGGAAAAUUCAGACAUGAAUGCAAGUGAUGACGAUGACUGGAUGCAGUCCGAAGAAGAACGAGCGAGGAGAAAGGCUUCUAGAGCUACAAGAGCCAAUGAAAUGAAAAUUAAUAAGGGAUAUGUUGAUGAGGUCAAAGGGUUAUUCUGCUGCAGUUGUAGUGAGAAAUCUUUAUGUGAGACAUCAAAGUGCCAAUGUAGAGCAAAUGGAAGUUGUUGUGGACAGUCAUGUGAUUGUUCUUCAGUCAAAUGUUGUAAUAGAGAAACAGAAGCAAAUAUCCCAAAUGAUGUCAGCACCGAUGAAGAGAACAACCUUGUUGUUCACAGCGCAAUGCUACUACAGAAUGCAUUGGGGAGUGAAAAGGAAGAUGAAACAGAGGAAGAUGGUCAUACAGGGAGAAAAGCACUCUCAGAAAUUGGAAACAUAAUGGUAGCUAAACGUGAUGCAGCAAAGCCAAACAAGAGAAAGAAAUUGAGAAAAUCUUUGGUUCAACUGGUUCCCACUGCUCCACCAUCUUCAGACCGAGAUAAUAGAGCAGCACCCCUAAAUACAAAAAAUGCUGAUCCUCCCAAACAACCAGAUGGGUGCCCGGCAACCGAGUCAGAAAUAGGUUCAAAGUUACCAAGAGCAAUGAGACCGGCAGCUUCAUCGACAAGCAGCAAAUUGCUUUGAGUGAGAAGUGACGACAGGGAAC